UUUCACUUUCAUUGGCUUCUUGUUCUUGAAGAUUUUGAAGGCUCUAUUUGAACAUGUCCUGCAUCAACGCAAAUUUUCUGUUCAUGUUUGUGUUCAAACAUGUGGCGUUGUGUAACUCCUCCUGAAACCCAACCCCCUGCUUGGUCAUGAUAUCUUAAAGCAUGUAGUCUUCCUGCGCUCCGUUGUCACAAAUAACAGUGACCAUAUUUGUGUAUAUAUAUUAACACAAACUCAGCCAAGAUAAACAAAGCGCAACAGAAGUUAGAGUUGGGUUCAUCAAUGGCUGCUACUCCUGGUUUCCUCACAAACUGGCCAUGGAAACCACUUGGAAACUUUAAGCAUGUCGUAUUGGUACCAUGGGUGGUGAAGAGCGUCUAUAACUUCAUAACAAUGGAUGUAAACACAAGAGAUUCAACGACUAUCCUCAUUUUUCUUUUACUCUUGACAAGAAUGCUUCAUAAUCAAAUUUGGAUUUCUUUCUCCCGAUACAAAACUGCAAAAGGUCAAAACCGAAUAGUUGACAAGAAUAUUGAGUUUGAACAAGUUGACCGUGAAAGAAACUGGGAUGACCAAAUAAUAUUGACGGGGUUAUUGUAUUAUUUGGUAAAUUACUAUUUUGAAGGGGCUCAACACUUACCUAUAUGGAGGUUGGAUGGGGUUACCAUUAUUAUUGUGCUACAUGCUGGACCUGUAGAAUUUUUGUAUUAUUGGUUUCACAGAGCUCUCCACCACCAUUUCCUUUACAAUCGCUAUCAUUCCCACCACCAUUCAUCCAUAGUCACAGAGCCAAUCACCUCCGUGAUUCAUCCAUUUGCGGAACACAUCGUAUAUUUUGCGCUGUUUGCGAUCCCGUUGAUGACGGUAGUCCUGUGCGGUAAGGCAUCUAUGGCUACGAUUGCGGGGUAUGUUAUGUAUAUCGAUGCAAUGAACAAUAUGGGUCACUGCAACUUUGAAUUCAUUCCAAAAUCACUAUUCGUUAUGUUCCCUCCUCUCAAGUACAUCAUGUAUACUCCAACGUACCACUCUUUGCACCAUACUCAGUUUCGAACAAACUAUUCGCUUUUCAUGCCAUUCUACGACUACAUCCAUGGCACGAUGGACAAAUCUACAGAUAUGUUGUAUGAGAAGUCGCUAAAACAAAAGGAAGAAUCGCCACAUGUCGUGCAUUUAACACAUCUAACAACCCCUAAGGUGAUUUAUCACAUGAGGCUCGGGUUUGCUUCCUUAGCUUCUAAACCACACACUUCUUCCAAGUGGUAUUUAUGGAUUCUUUCGCCUAUCACAUUUUUGUGCAUGUUGAUUACACGGGUUUAUGGGAAAACAUUCGUCAUUGAAAGGAAUGUCUUCAAAGACCUAAAAUUACAAACUUGGACCAUACCAAAAUACAGGACACAAUACCUAAUGCAAGGGCAAAGACAAACCAUCAAUGGCUUAAUUGAGGAUGCUAUACUAGAUGCUGAGGCAAAGGGUGUGAAAGUUUUAACUCUUGGUCUACUUAAUCAGAGGGAAGAAUUUAAUAACAGUGGAGAGUUAUUCAUAAGAAGAAAUCCAAAACUAAAAGUGAAGUUGGUGGAUGGGAGCAGUUUAGUAGUUGCAGUGGUCGUAAACAACAUUCCAAGAGGCACCACACAAGUAGUUUUUAGAGGAAACUUCAAUAAAAUUGCUUGCUACCUUGCUCUAGCUCUGUGUCAAAAGGGCAUCCAAGUUGCUGUAUCUCGAGAGAAGGAUUGUGAGACAUUGAAAUCCAAGCUAAACUCAGUUAAUGACCAUGAUAAGUUGAGCAUUUCACAUGUUUACUCCCACAAGACAUGGUUGGUGGGGGAAGGACUAACCAAAGAAGAACAAAUGAAGGCAUCAAAAGGAACCAUAAUCAUUCCUUACUCCCAAUUCCCUCCAAAGAAAGUGCGCAAAGAUUGUGUUUACUACACCACACCAUCAAUGCUCACUCCCAAAUAUCUUGAGAAUGUUGAUUCUUGUGAGAAUUGGUUACCAAGAAGGGUAUUGAGUGCAUGGAGAAUUGCAGGGAUACUUCACGGGUUAGAAGACUGGAAAGUGAAUGAGUGUGGGGAAGAAGUUUUCAACAUCGACAAAAUUUGGGAAGCUAGUAUUCGACAUGGGUUUAGCCCUUCAUGAAAUCAUUCACUUAAUCAACAUGUUUUUAUGUUUACUUUAGACUUAAAUAUCUAAAAAUAACAAUGUCUGUGUUCUCAUUGGUUGCUUCCUACUCGAGAACAUUGUAAUGGGUGUAAUGUUAAACACUUGAAGGUGUCUAGAACUUCUAUCCAAGAAGUCAAUUUAUUUAGUGAGUGUCAGCAGUUGCUACUA